AUGAGAAAAACCCAAUUUUUAACAUUGUUACUUGGAGUCUCUUUAUCAGUAUUCUCAAUCAUAAUCUUCUUCAUCUUCUGGAGAAGAAAACAAUCAUCAUCAACUGAAUCAGAUCAAUACGACGUCGAAUCAUCUGAAAAUAACAACAAACAGAGGAUACUCUUCUCCUCAGAAACAGAGCAACUCGUAACUUUUCACGGCGGAGAAGAUCUCACGAUCUCCGAUAUCCUCGAUGCUCCCGGAGAAGUCAUCGGAAAAUCAACCUACGGUACUUUGUACAAAGCUUCUUUACAACGUAGCGGCAAAAUUAGGGUUCUUAGAUUUCUUCGACCGGUUUGUACAGUGAGAUCAGAUUCUAAAGAGUUUAAUGGCGUCAUCGAGAUGCUUGGAUUCGUUCGACAUGAGAAUUUAGUUCCUUUGUUAGGGUUCUAUGGUGGAAACAGAGGAGAGAAGCUUAUGGUUCAUCCUUUCUUCGGUUCUGGGAAUCUUUCCGACUUCAUCAGAAGUGGAGAUGUUGAAUCUAUGAAAUGGAGCAACAUUUUAAGCAUCACUAUUGGAAUAUCAAAAGCUAUUGAUCAUCUCCAUACAGGAAUGCAGAAAUCAAUCGUCCACGGGAAUUUGAAAUCCAAGAACGUUCUUCUAUUGAAUCCGAGUUUCGAACCACGAGUCUCUGAUUUCGGUUUGCAUUUGCUCUUAAAUUUAACGGCAGGACAAGAGAUUCUUGAUGUUUCAACAGCUGAGGGAUACAAAGCUCCUGAGUUGAUAAAGAUGAAAGAAGUUAGCAAAGAGAGUGAUGUGUAUAGUCUUGGUGUGAUCAUGCUUGAGCUUGUCUCUGGUAAAGAACCGAUAAACGAGAAUCCAACCGGCGAUGAUGAGUUCUAUCUUCCUGAUUUCAUGAGGAAUGCUCUUCUUGAUCAUAGCUUGUCUGAUUUAUACCGUCCUGAGAUUCUCAAGAGUGAUGGUGAUAAUCUGAGUGAAGAAUGUGUACUCAAGUAUUUUCAGCUUGCAAUGUCUUGUUGCUCUCCUUCGCCUUCUCUUAGGCCAAACAUUAAGCAAGUCUUGAGGAAACUCGAAGAGAUCAAGAAAUGUUAG